CCGCUACCUUCAUCAUCUUUCAUCCUGAUACCCCUUCUUCUCUCUCACAUCUUUUGCCCAUUGCGGCAGCCUUGACGAUGGACACAUCGUCCUACAAUCACAAUGCAGGCGACGUCAGCGUGGACUACUCCUUCACGCGAGACUCGUCCCUCACCACACGGAGCCAGAAGAGCAGUUUCGCCCCCUCUUCGUCGAGGAGGGAUCGCAAUACCACCAAUAAUACACAGACACAGCGCGAAGACGUCUGGUCUUCCAUUCUCCUUUCAGUACGGACGGCUCGGUCUACCCCCACGUUCCCCAUUGUGGUGCUGGGCGAGCCCCAGAGUGGCAAGUCAACUUUGAUUAGGGGAUUGGCUCAUGGCUGCCCGAGUGGGUGUAUCGAGCCGGGGACUUCAUUGGAAGACGGCGAGGAUGGGGAUUACGGCGAUGAGCAGCAAGAAGACGGUACGCCUGCGAUAGAUGGUAAUGGCAGUGCACUCGCAGACAAGCUGCAGAGGGGAAAGCGCGAUCUAGGACUCGCAUAUGGGUACUGCGAUGUGCCUGAUGAUGAGGGCGAAGAUAUUCUCGCCCGCCUCUCCCUCUACACCCUUUCGUCAUCGGAUGAGGCGCUCCUCUGCCUCCUCCCCUUCGCCCUUCGCUCACCAAGCGGAGGCCAGGAUGCCGCUUCAUCACGUCAACUUGCGGCAGCCAGCUCAUCAAACUCUUCUGCUGAGGAACGAAGACCACUCCCCUCCCUCCCAACAAUGCGCGAUGCCCUCUUCCUCAUUGUCCUCGACUGGCAGCGUCCGCAGUCUUUCCUUGACGAGCUCAGGACGUGGAUCUCCGUCAUCAAGGAGACAAUCUCAGCGGCUUCAGCAGGCGCAGCAAGCUCUGCCUCGGAGGAGCGGCAAAGACGAGCGGCUCAGGAAGCCAUGCUCGAAGAGAUGAAGGACGCUCUCGAGGCGCACGUACGCUCCUACGUCCCGCCGACAACGACGGGCGCAGACGUCGGCGCUACAGUCAAUGGCGCCAAUGGCACAACAGAGGGUGCAACCUCAGCAGGACCAGCAGAAGACGGCAACGAGACCCGUGAUUCUCAAGCGCCGACCAUUGUACCCGUCAGCGCGCCUCUCAGCCUAGGCAACAGGGGAGGAGCAGGCAAUGCAGCCCUACCACUCGACGAGGGUGUGCUCGAUGAUAACCUUGGAGUGGGGAUCGUAGUCGUCUUAGCCAAAUCAGAUCACGUCGCCCAACUGGAGCGCGACCGGGACUUUAAGGAGGAGCAAUUUGAUUACAUUCAGCAAGCUCUACGGACAAUCUGCCUCAAGUACGGUGCGGCCCUCUUCUCUACAGCGCAGAGUCGUCCUUCGUCGUUCGGCGUGCUUCGACAAUACCUCGUCCAUCGGCUGCUCUCCUCAGUCAGCAGCGGCAAUGCGACCGGCACAUCAGAAGUACCAGGGGAGAAUGGUGCCGCUACUGCCUCUUCGUCCCGCGGCUACCCCUUCCUGCACCCUCCUUCAACCAUCGAGCGCGAUGUCCUGCUCGUUCCUUCUGGGUGGGACUCUUGGGGCAAGAUUGUUGCAUUGCGGGAAGGUUUCCAUCCUUCACUCACCGCGCAAGGCUGGGAGUUCGACUGCCGCGUUGAGAAACGCCGUCGCUCACGGGCUUUGCCUCGCGCCGAGCUGGGUCAGGUGGAGCGGGAGCUGAGGGAGGAGUCACAGCAGCAGAGAGAAGCAGGAGCUGCCCCACCACCGCAGCCGGCGAGUGCGUGUAGGCUGUGGGAGGACGUGCUGGGAGAUUAUAGAUGGGAUCGAUCUGCGAGAGGCAGCUUGGCUAAUAGUGCUGGUAGCGGCGGAGCCGGCCAGUCGUCUGCCGGGGGCGCUGAUAGCCUGGCAGCUCCAGAUGCGCAAAGCUUCCUUGCGCAGCAUCAUGCUACAUUGCAGAAAGAGGCGGCAGCAAACGCAGCGACAGCCGCUGCGGCGGGGGGUAGCGCAGGCACAUCUGACCCUCGCGCCAAGUUCGCCAGGACAAGCAGUAGCAACAAUGCUUCGUCGCACCUGGCCUCAGCGGGCGGUAGAAGCUCAAUCGUCGGCCCAAUGCAGUCCUCCUCCCUCUCUGGCCCAGCUGUUGAGCGAGCCAUGGGCCUUGCACAACGCGAGGACUCCCUGAGCGCAGGCGGCGCUGAUGCUUUGGGCUCACCAAACCUGGAUGUCCCCUCGUCAAGCUCUUCGCGCCCGUCGACAAAGCGCCGCGAGUCCAAGGAGCACCGCAGCUCGGCGGUUGGCACUGGCAGCAGACCACACAGCCCUGCCGUCGGCGGUGGCACAGGCUCGACUCAUUCAUCCCGCGACUCUGCCGCUACGCGAGCUUCCUCUCCUGGUGGGGCGUCAGCGAGUACAAAGCAGAGCGAGGUGCUGCAGAGCUUCUUCCAGGACUUGUUGAGGGGCAAGGGAGGUGGAGGAGCAGGAGGCGGAGGCAGCGCUGCAGGGUCGACUGGGGCGAGUCCUUCUAGUGCGGCCUUGGCUAAGGGUAGUGCGCAGGCUGCAGCGAGGAGGACGGAGAGGGGAGCAGGAGGAGGCGGAGGCGAAUGAUGCAGAUGACCUUGCCAGGACCAUGUAUUAUGCUCUUGAGCGCUUUUUCAUCCUCAUUUACAGGGUAUCAUGAUGCCACGUCAUUUGUUACGUCCUUCGUCAUCGCUGCCGAGUGGAAGGAGUUUCGGGGCAGAUGCGAGUCAGUCAAGGCUGACUUGCGCGCAUCUACGGACCGCUACUCGCCAGCUCGACACGCUCUCCCCUCCUCGCCUUGUCAAUCCGCAGCCACCCAUCAUCAGCCCAUCCUUCCUCGUCCUCAUCCUUCCUGAUGAGCUGAGGCAUCUCUAGCCCCAGAUACUCUGCUGUGAACAGCCUAAGAAUCAUGCUCCACGCAUAGUUCGUCGGCCAGUCCAGUGCACUCGCAUCAUCCUUCA